CUUACCUUCCAAGCAAACCACCCCUCCUCAUUUUUCUCUCCUUCAGUUUCAUGCGUCGAGACCCCGACCCGAAUCCGACCCGGCUUUAGCCCAAAUGCAGAGCCCCACCUCCGCCGCCGUCUCCCCACUCCAAACCCUCCUCGACCUCAUCAACGAGACCCUCUCCCUCAUCCUCCGCACCUCCCUGACCGUCCGAUCCUUCGCCGGCCGGUGGCAGCCCCUCCGCUCCAAGCUCAUCUCCCUCCAGACCUCCGUCGCCGACAUCUCCGACUCCCCCCACUGGGCCGAGAACCCCCUCCUCUACACUCUCCUCCCCAACCUCCUCUCCACUCUCCAGCGCCUCAAGGCCCUCUCCGACCAAUGCAACGACGCGUCGUUCGCCGGCGGCAAGCUCCACAUGCAGAGCGACCUCGACAUGGCCGCUGCCUCCCUCACUAACCAGCUCCGCGACCUUGACCUCCUCCUCAGAUCCGGCGUCCUCCACCAGUCAAACGCCAUCGUUCUGUCCCACCCGGGACCCGGCUCCGAUAAAGAGAAUCUCGCCUUCUUCAUCCGCGACCUCUUCACGCGCCUCCAAAUCGGCGGCGUCGAGUUCAAGAAGAAGGCUCUCGAGUCACUCCUCCAGCUCCUCCAAGACGACGACAAGGCCGCCGGCCUCAUCGCCAGAGAAGGCAACGUCGCCUACUUGGUCCACCUCCUCGAUUUCCACACCCAGCCUUGGCUCCGAGAACAAGCCACCUCCGCCGUCUCGCUCCUCGCCGCCGCCAACGACGAGUCGCGCAGGGCGGUGUUCGAGGAAGGCGGUCUAGGCCCGCUGCUUAAACUGCUCGAGUCCGGGACCACCACAUUGAAAGAGAAAGCCGCAGCCGCCGUCGAGGCCCUCACCGCCGACCCGGAAAACGCCUGGGCCGUCUCAGCCUACGGCGGCGUGUCAAUCCUAAUCGAAUCCAUCCGAUCCGGGUCUCCAACGACGCAGACGCACUCCGUCGGCGCCGUUAGAAACGUGGCGAAUGUGGAGGAGAUCAAGACGACGUUGGGAGAAGAAGGAGCGGUGCCGGUACUGCUCCAAUUGCUCCUCUCCGGCAGCAUCACCGCCCAAGAGAAAUCAGCAAACUGCUUAGCCAUUUUAGCCUCAACCGAUGAGUAUUUCCGAGCUUUGAUAAUCCAAGAACGCGGCCUGCAGAGAUUGAUGCAUUUAAUGCAGGACUUACUGAGCGCCGAGACAUUAGAGCACGUCCUCCGUGCCCUGAUGUCCCUCUCGGCCUCAGAACCCUGCGCACGGGUGCUGUCGUCAUCAACCUUGUUCCUGGUUCAAUUAGCCGAGUUCAUAAAGCCGCAAAGUAACUCAAUCCUUCAGCAAAUCUCGGUUUCACUGCUUGCGAAUUUAUCCACUAGUAUCAGCGAUGGGAAUAAGCGAGCCAUUGGCAGCUGUAUGGGCUCGUUGGUGAAGCUCAUGGAGUCGCCGAAGCCUGUGGGGCUACAAGACUCGGCGUCGCAAGCGCUGGUUUCGCUGCUGGCGGUCCGGUCGAACCGGAAAGAGUUGGUUAGGGAGGAGAAGAGCGUGAUGAGGCUAAUUCAGAUGUUGGAUCCCAGAAAUGAGGCGGUGGGACACAAGCUCCCGGUGAUGGUGGUCUCGGCGAUUCUCGCCGGAGGAAGCCAGGGGUGCAGGAAGAGGCUUCUGGCGGCUGGAGCUCAGCCGCAUUUGCAGAGGCUGGCGGAGAUGGAGGUCGCCGGAGCCAAGAAGGCGUUGCAGAGACUCUCCGGGAAUAGGCUAAAGACCAUUUUCUCCCUGACUUGGAGGGAAUAACGGAGCGUGAUACCCGCCAUUAAAGAGGGUCAAUCAAAUCGUCCAAGAAUGAGAAGCUGGAAGAGGCUGCAUGCUUGGCUUGGACUAGCAACAAACACAUACAUCGUAUACCCAACACUUUUUUUUUACCUAGUCGAUAAUAUUUAUCUAUGUUAUAUAUAAAUGCUAGUAUAAGUUUAUAUUAUAUAUCGGUAAAGGAAGAAGAAGGAGAAGAAGAAAUGAAGCAUGGAUGCGGUUUUUAGGGAGUAUCCUUGGUUUUCUGUUCCCUUUUAGUAAUCUUUUAAUCUUUCUAAUUGAUUCACUUACUCGUGAAAGCUGCAAGAGAGAGAGAGAGAGAGAGAGAGAGAGGUUCAGUGUGAUGAUGGUGAAGCACAUUGUUAUUCUCUUUUUAUUUUCGGGUGUCAUUAGCACAUGUUUUUGUCUGGUAAUGUACAUCCUGUUUGGGAAGCCAAUGUUCGUAAGGGAUACGACUUGGGUUUCUUUUAGUUAGAAUAGAAAGAGUGCAACUGUUUUUUUUUCAUGUGCUUUUUUGAUCAAUUAUCUUAUGUAAUGUUAUAUAUCUGAGCCCUCCAA